AUGAACAAAGGUGGACCUGGAGCAAGAAGACCUAAACCAGGACCACGGGUGAUUGAUGUUGUUCUCUUGUAGGCACUCACAAGCAUAUUAAAACGUGAAGGAGGCUCCAUGAACAUCAAGCCUGCCAAGGGAGUGAAUGCCUUGGUUCCCAUGAUGGCAUGUAACAUUCUGCUCUAUGCCUACCAAGAAGAAGAUGACUGGCCAGAGUCGUUUGUCAAAGUCUAUGUUGAGGAUGCACUGGGAGACAGAGUAUGGGUUGAUAAUGAACAUUGCCGAAGCUUUGUUGAGAAUAUAUUGACGGCAUUUGGGACCAAAACUGCACCACGAACAUUGGCACGACAGCACAGUGAUCCUGCAGGGAAGCAGGUGGCUUCUGAGCAGGCUACCUCUAGUGGAGCACAGGGUGCAGUUCCAACGAAAGAGGAAGAAGAAGUUGUUGAGGAAAUGGAAACAUCCACUUCACUUGAGGAGGAUAACAUACCAGUGAUUUCAAGGUUCAUGUCAUCUUCUGUUGAGCACAAUAUCCAGACCUAUAUCCUUGAACUUGUUCACGACCAAUUAACAAGACGUCAGCCACUGGACAGCAUCACACGCAACUUGUUGAAACUGCUGACAGUCACAUGUGGGUACAGUCAGAUCAGACUGUCGGUUUCCCAUAGGCUUGAGAUGUGGCUUCAAAAUCCCAAGGUAAUUUGCGUGUUCAUUUAUUGCAACAGUAACAUAAACAUUUUGGUUAUGAUCUGCAUCAAACUGGAUUGCAAAAAAAUGAAAAAAUACAUAAAAUCUAAAUUAAUGUGUGAAAAGUUACUAACCAAAUAUAAAUUAAUAUGUAAUAAUUAUUUUACUUCACAGCUGCUGGCUAUGGUGUUUCAAGACCUGCUGACAAACAAGGAUGACUACCUACGAGCAUCACGUGCCCUAUUGAGGGAAAUUGUCAGAGCUCUGAGACAUGAUAUGGACUUUGUUGCUCUAUGCCGAGGGUUUAUGAAGGAAAGAACUGAAAGUCAGUUUAGAGACCUUGAUGCUUCCUUAAAGGAUCGUAUGCUGCUUUCCUUAGCAGAUCUUAUCACCAUGGCAACUUUUCUUAGUAUUACGCCCAGCAUUAAGGAUGUAUUUAACAGUGCAUCUGCAAGAGGAGAAAAGAAAGAUUGGUCAGGACUUCAGGAAUUUCAGAAAUCAGUGUCCACAAUCCAGCGUGACGCUGUCUGGUGGUUACAUAUUGUUGUACCGAAAAUGUUCAGUCCUAGUGGGAAAGAUUUCUUGUCAUGCAUGAAUAAAGUGCUUUUCCUGGAUCCAGCAGACAACUACGUGGGAAAAGACAACUGGCCCCCAGAGAAUGACAGAAGUUUGUUGCUGAGUAUCAUCAGUGAAGUUCCUGUACAAGAGGAUACACUAAUGAGGACUAUCAUAAUUGGCCUGUCUAAUGAGCUGCCACUAACUGCACCAGAAACACUUGAAAUAGCAGAUUCCUUGGUGCGGAGAGUGGCAGCCAUCAAGACUCCUUCUCCAUGGAUACAAAGCUCCCAAUCAGGAGACUCUUCUCUUUCAGUGAAUCGUUUGGAGCUCUUGGAUGCUGUUCUCAACCUGUGUGCUUAUCACCAUCCUAAGGACAUCAUCCUGCCUACAGGAUACACUGCUCCAAAAUUGGCAAUUGCUAAUCUGUACUGGAAAGGUUGGAUUUUACUUGCUGUAGUCGCAUCUUUAAACCCAUCUUCAAUUGGCCAAUCCGGCUGGGAUAAUUUUCCAAUGUUGAAAUGUCUCAUGGAAAUGCUCAUGACAAACAACUUUACGUUUCCACCACCAACUGCUGCAGUGACGAGUGAGGAGAAAGAUGAGAUACUCGCUCAAGAGUUGCAGCUGGCACAAGCUGAGAAGGAAGAGAUCCUAUUAUUUGAAUCACACCUGGCAGCAGCCACGACUAAAGUGACCAUCACAGAAAGUAAUAGUUUGUUGCUGAGUCAGCUGAUUAGCAUGGAUCCUGUUGGACCUGCACGUCGUCCCCCUCAGAAUGUUAUCGAUCAGCUGAAAGCAACAAACAAGACUCUCAAACUGGGCCAGAUGCUUUGCCGCAGCCGCUCACCUGACUUCCUGUUGGAAAUCAUCCAGAGGCAGGGUGCAUCCCAAAGUAUGCCAUGGCUAGCGGAGCUUGUUCAGUCUUCUGAAGGAUCACUAGACGUGCUACCAGUACAAUGCCUGUGUGAAUUUCUGUUGCUGGAAAAAACUGCUGACAGCGUCAAGGAAGAGGGUGAAGGAUCCUCCAAGGAGCUACAAGAUAAAAGAGUUGACAUACAGCGGCAUGUUCUGGGACGACUGAGAUCACUGUUGUUUGGCAAUGAAGCUGACGCGGAGUCUACAGGAGAAGUGUUGGAGUACUUCAUGAGAAGAUUGUCCUCUGUACAAACAGCAGAGAGAGAUUCAGCUGUUAAGGACAUACAGCGGCAUGUUCUGGGACGACUGAGAUCACUGUUGUUUGGUAAUGAAGCUGACGCGGAGUCUACAGGAGAAGUGUUGGAGUACUUCAUGAGAAGAUUGUCCUCUGUGCAAACAGCAGAGAGAGAUUCAGCUGUUAAGGGUCUAGAACUAGUGCUAUCCCAAGAGGCAGUUCAAGUGGAUGGUCAUGUGACCGUGGUGUGUGAAGAGGAGUUGGAGGGCAGUGCCAUGGUAACCACUAUGGAAGAACUGUUCUCUCCAACAUUCCCAGCAGGCAGCACGGUCUCCAAGACUUUCAAGUGGCUGUUGGUGAGCUUGCCAAGCUUGCCUCACUUUGAUGCUGUGAGAGCGACUUGUUGCUUUGCCUUGAGGCAGUCAUGCCAAGUUGAGAUCGUGCCUGAGAGAGCACAAGCUUAUCUGAUGUUCCUGGCUGAUCACGCUACUGACAGUGGCGAAGAAGAGUUUUUAGCCACAGUCAUUGACGUGGCACAGUUGAUUAUAGAGCGACCCACCAUCAUGGCACCAGUUCUAGACAAAGGGCUGACUGGACAAGAAACUUAUCAAGCGUUACUGAGACUGUACACUAUCGCUUUACAACAAGCUAUUGAUAUGCAGGAAGGAAACUUCUCCUGGCAGGAGACACAAGACCAAUUAUUUGUACAGUGGUCUAAAGACACGGAGUAUGCUGGGAAGGCGGCCACUUUGCACGUGUUGGUCAUUCACGCCAUGAUUGUGUUACUGACUUACGGGGAACCGCAAGGAGAUACUGGUCUGUACACUGCUCUUUUGAACGCCUGGUGCCCUGAGCAAGGACAAGUGAAGGUGUACCUGACAGAUACCGGGGAGGAAGCCAUAUUGCUGCAAGAGUGGCUCAGACUGCGCAUGAUCAGGUCCCAGGUCUCCAGAGUGGUGGAUGCUGCUUUGAAUGACUUGAUGCCGUCGCAGCUUGUGUUGUUUGCUCAGUCGUUUGGAAUUCCAGUGAACAGUAUGAGCAAACUUCUUCAACAGUUGGACAAAGCUUCGCAAGAGGACCCGGUGGGGAUAGAGGAGGCUGUGUUGGAUAAAGGUUACAUGGUACAGCUUGUUGAAGUUCAACAGCUUCGUGGUGCUGUGGGAGGAGACUUGUUCUGCUGUUUACUGACCGAGGAACCACCAGAAAAGAAAGACGGCACUAAUUUGGCAGUUCUUGAUGGCGGCAUCACGCCUUUACCUUUAGCUACUGUGCCACAGUUGUCUCGUCUUCAUGAGGAAUCAAUGAGUGUCGACCAUUCGGAAACAAAUGAACAGAUGUGUGCUGCGAUAUUUGAGUUCCUCCGGUGUAGUUGUGGACGGAGCGUUAUGGGUUUCUGCCAUUUGUCAAGUGCUGUUCUAGAAAAGCAACUGGUUGUUGAAUUUUUUUCGUGUAGCUAUCUGCUUUUAAGCUUCCAAAAACUACCUAAUGCUGAAAACAAGGCGAAAAUGUUCUUGUCAAGUUACUGCUGUUGUUUCAUGUUUGCAUUUAUUUCAGCCGGCAAUAUCCUAGAGCAGUUAGCGUCGGAUGAGUGUGCAGAUUAUGUUUCUCUGGUGAGAACAUUUCUGUCGGCAUGUAGAGAUGGCGCGGUGAAACCGGAAUGUAUCACUGUGGAAGUCGCAGUAAAAGCUUGUCUGAAACUCAAAAAGGCAAACUCUCCUCUCUUUGAGGACUUUAUCAAGGCCAUCAUCACAACUCUUAUCUCUGCAAGAAGCAGGAUAGAUUCUGAAUCGGCUUCGGCGGUAUGGACACCUCAGCAGUCUCUCCCCUUGAAGACAUGCUCAGAAAUCCUCGUUCAAUUGUUGAAAGAGUUUGAAGGCGUAGAUCUGUCACGUGAUAACUUGGUCAGCGGUCUCUUAGUAGACUGGUACGAGAUCCUGGACCCGGAGGUUGUUCAAGUCCAUCCUCUAUUGCAGCGGCAGCUUUUGUUUCAGGACAGAGUGAGCAUGCCCAGUUGGGAUAGGUCGCUGACUAGUCACGAAGAGCGCUCACCGUCCACUUAUCUGCUGGGCUCGUUGACGCAUCAGGCACGCUGGGAAACGCUGCAGGACUGUCUGGAUUGGCUGUUGGGACAUGACAGAGAAGAAAACAGACUUGAUCCGACUGCAGCUUUGGACUUUGUGUGGACUUGUUUUCACAGUCCAAGACUUUGGCAAGGCAGAGAUCAAAAGUCCACUGCUGUGGGCAGCCAAGGAACUAAUUCUGCGGUGUAUGAAAAACCAGUCCUUGAUUUGAGUCCUACACAGGUCUCCUCUUUGACCGGUUUCAUUCUGUCGGAGCUUUCUUCUCGUGUCGCGGAAUGGUGCCAAAGAAAAGGUCCCAAUUAUCAGCGUUUUCUUGAAGAGAUGAAAGAUGGAAGUUUAAGUGCAUCUGAGGAAAAAAUGUUGCGUUUUAUUCUUUGGUCUUCAUACUCGUCUAUUGUCCUGACUUUUCUAUUAGACUCUAUGUUUAAUAUUCUUCUUUACUUAACUUAUCUUUAUUAUUCCCUUGCUAGGUGGUCCAAGUGGUUAACAGCUCAGUUUCUUGUUCAACUUUACCUCGCCCAGCCAAAAGUGAUGCGCUCUAUUGAGGACUUCCGGUCCCUCACCACUUCCGGUGCCAUCAGUCAAUCAACCCGUUGUCAGUUGGAUGUCCUGUGUCACCGUGUAUUGACAAGCCUGGCUGAAUCUAGGCCAGGUAAGGAGUAUGAAGACCGAGCCUACAACACCAAGCUGUUCAUCCAAGAGGGUUUGCGGAACACCUUGGAUGCUUACUUUGGUCUUAUUCAGGCUGAAUGUCUUCGUUUCAAAGAGCUAGCUAGCGUUGUUACAAAGCUGAUGCCAUUUCUUCAUCAUUUUUGUGCUGAAAGUCCUGGCCAAGCGUUCUCCGCUCUCCACAAGAGAGGUCCUUUGUUUCAGGAAUUGUUGCAAGAUUUCCCCGCCCUCCCUUCCCUUCAAUGUGUUGUAAGCGCAAUCUCUCUGUCAUCGACACCGCACUCAGAUGAUCCCUUGAACGAAAACGCAACCGUCGAAGGCCCCUCAGCUGACGGAGCUCCCACAAGUACAAAACCGACGGUCCGGUCCGUCAUUACACCACCUGAGAACACCAUGUGGUCAUCAGCACAGCUCGCUCCUUUUGUGCAGCGGCUUGCUCCCGGACAACCAGUAGAAGACGUGUCGAAAGUUCUUGUAGAUUUAGACGAAACGUCCAAGCGCCGAGUGGACAUUUUAGAUCAUUUUGUGCCUCACUUGGUUCGUCUUCUCUCUGACGUAACGAAUACCUGUAGGACCCAGGCCCACACUCUUCUACUGCGCCACAUUCGAGAAAAUCCUGGGACUGCUCACAAGUUUGUGGACACGUACAUGGAUUGUCUUAACUCGACGGAGCCUGGCGUGAUUUUGACAGCAGCAAAAUUUAUUCCCGAAUUUAUUGUCUUGGGAAAUGAAUUCUCCGACUCGUUGCUUCAAAAGAUGUUCUCUCUUGCCGUUUACGAUGCUCAUGAUGUGGGAAUUCCCUUACUACAAAGCAUUCAACUGCUGAAUUUACACUGAAUAACAAAUGCGGAUUUUAAAUGACAAAUAGAAGAGAUUUCAUUGUGGUGUCAGAGAAGGAAUGUUAGGAUUGAUAGUGUCAAAAACAAAUGCACCUCAAUCAUCCUUGUCGUUUACUCAGCUAUCAGAUUAAACGAACAUUUUAAAACACCAAGACGUGGAGCAUGUGACUUUUUGGAGCCUAUAGAAGGACAGUCGCUGAUACGACUGCGCAAAGAAAGAAUGUGAAAAUACUAGAAAUCGUCUUUUGGCCUAUCGUUAAUUUCUGUAUCGCCAGUUUCUAGCUCGAUCAACUUCACUGCAUUUUUAAAGCUGUCAAAUAAGUUGUCUGUUACUGAGGGGUUAGAAGCUAUUAUAGUGACACUCCUCA